CCUGGCGUCCGGUCUCCUAGCAACGACACGGACUCUUGGAAACCGCCCCUUUCUUAUCCCUCCUACCACCAACGGUCCAAUUUGCUGCCCGCAAAUCCUCUCCACACCCAUCAAACUCCAGAUUCUUCACCCCGACUUCCUUGUCUUCGACUACAUCCCUAACAAGUUGCUCAGAAUCAACCCACUUCCCCUAAGAUUCUCUCUCCUCCGCCAUCCUCGGUUUGGCUAUCCUUAGAAGUAGUCCAAGUUUCUCCGCUCCUCUUUGUUCCUUUCCCGCCUCAGGCCGGCAGCUGUCUACUUUAGAUGAUGCCUGGAGCUAAACUUGCCCAGAGUCCAGAGGAAAAGGAUGUCUACAUUACUGAAGCCCUUAUCACUGAGCGGAACUUGACCUUCCCUGAGGAUGAAGAUCUGUCAGAGAAGAUGUUUCACACUCUUGCUGAACUGCAGACUGUGCGCCUGGACCGGGAGGGGAUUACCACUAUCAGGAACUUAGAGGGUCUCCAGAAUCUUCACAGUCUCUAUCUGCAAGUGAAUAAGAUCCAGCGAAUUGAGAACCUGGCUUGCAUCCCCUCCUUGCGUUUCCUGUCUCUAGCAGGAAACAGAAUCAAGCACGUGGAAAACCUCCUUGACCUCCCAUACCUCCAGUUUCUGGACCUCUCUGAGAACCUGAUAGAAACACUGAAGCUGGAUGAGCUCCCACUGAGCCUCCUCAUCCUCAACCUGACUGGCAAUGGCUGCACCAAGCAGAAGCGCUACAGGGAGACGGUGAUAGCGGCCCUGCCACUGCUCCUGGACCUGGAUGGGCAGCCUGUGUCAGAGCGCUGGAUCUCAGAUGAGGAGGACAAAGCCUCUGAUGAUGACGAUGAGUUCCCGGAGCUGAGUGGCCCAUUCUGUUCAGAGCGAGGCUUCCUCAAGGAGCUUGAGCAGAUGAACAGACACCAGGAGCGCAGGCAGCAAGAAGCCCUGACGGACCACUUUCUGAGGAUGGAGAUCCAGCCCACCCUCACUGAAUUGCCCCUGCUACAUGGGGUGCCCGUGGCUGGGGAGAGCAACCCUUCUGUCACUCCAGAGCAAGGAAAGGAGUCACCCCCUGAGGCUGCCUCUUCACUCCAGGCCUCGUCUCCCACCAAGAAACCAUGCACUCUGGUUCCCAGGGCCCAGCAAAGCUCUGUCCAGACAAGGAAGGGGGCCUCAGCAGCAUCAGUCCCCAAAACCUCUCUGGGUAGGGCCCUUAGCACAACCAAAACUACAACCAAAAAAAUCAAGAAGUGAAGUGUGGCCUCCCUAUGUAAGUUUUCUCUCCUCAGACCCCUCACCUCCCCAGUAAACUGUCUCUAGGCUUUUCAUGUCACAUGGCGGCAUCUCAGGGUAAGGAACCAGUAAAUAAAAUAGCAGCCUAAUUCUAAA